AUGAAUGGAGAGUUCGGGAAGAGGUCACACAGUUUGAAUUCUUUGGCUGGUUCUGAAGGAUAUGCUAGUGGUUCAGAAAGAUCUAGCCGUUCACGAUUGGGUUCGUCUACGUCACUGGUGGACGACAAUGACGUCACCGAAAAUGGAAGUGACGUCAUUGAUUACAAAGCCCUGUGGGAGAGCGCAAAAGCUGACAAUGAGAGGCUACAAGAGCAACUGAAGAAACGCAACGAGGAACUAAAAGAUGCCAAAGCCACCAUCGAUCGAGUCACCAAUGUAACAAACAAAGGCGCCUUAUCGGAAUUAGAAAAACGUGAAAAGCGCGCGAUGGAGAGAAAGUUGUCAGAAAUGGAAGAGGAACUUAAACAAUUGCAAAAAUUGAAACACGAAAAUGAACGUUUGAGGGCUGAGAAUCGAGCACUCACUCGUGUCGUCAGCAAACUUACAGCCAAUGCUAAUAAAUAGCACUUGGAACUGCUGAAAACUGAAAACCAGAGACUCAAAGACGAGAACGGCGCCCUC